AUGCCCGUUAGCUUCAUGACUGACUCCUUAUAUGUUAUCAAUGGCGUCACUAAGAACCUCGCUUGCUGGGAAGACACCGGGUGGACCAGGAUCUCCAACCAAUGCCUAUUCAAAGCCGCCGCCUACCAACUCAGAAUACACUCAGCGGCGACAUCGUUCACCUGGGUCAAGGGUCAUCACCAGAACCCAGGCAAUGAUGAGGCUCAUAAGCUAGCUAAACGCGGGGCAAAGAAGGACGUGCCGGAUCAACUAGUCCUGACAGUCCCACCAACCUUUGACCCGGUGGGGGCAAAAAUGUGGUGUCUGACACAGGCUCUGGCCUACAGAGCGAUCCGUGCAAGGAAGACGGCAGAAACACCGCCGCAGACGCAAACCCAAUGA